UUUCGUUGUGGGCACAACAAUGCGUCUGCGCUCGCAGGCGAGGCGCGCCGUGCGUACGUUCCACGUUUUGAAAACAUAACACUCAUACGAUUGUUCUAAUUUGAAAAAAUCCAUCACAAAACGAUCAAACAGUGAGCUGUUUUCGCAAACAAUCGACUAUUUCAACUGAAAGACUUUCAUGUUCCAACUCUUGUGGAGGAAAGACGUGUUAAAUUUAAUUGAAGAUGUAGUGAGUGAUGUGGAGUUUAUUCGUUACUAGCCUCGUAUAAUUUAUUGGACUGUUUUCACAAUGAGGCAUUUCCCGAACCUACUAUGUUUUGCUUUGACGUUAUCAAUUUCAAAAGCCGUGCAGUUCCCAACAAAUCCUACCUCAGAAAUGUCAGCAGAUGAGAAAAAUUUAAUAAAAGGUAACAAAACUCUAGAACAAUCUGAUGAGAGCGGUCAUGAAAUCGAUGUAGAUAGUGAAGAUAUAAAAGAUAAGAAGUAUUUAGAUGAUGCAAUGAAAACGAUUUUAGACCCCAAUACCGUCAUACUGAAAGGAAACGACGAUAUUGAGAGUUUCAAAAUUCAGUUGGAUGAAUUAGAUAAGGAAAAUAUGACAAUUGAAAACUUUAUGGACGAAAUGGACAAACUGAGCUUAGAUGUUUGUAAAUCAUCUCAGGCCUCAUUGUGGUCUUAUGUAAAUGAUAUUAAUAAUGAAGCUAAGAAGAGUAAAAUGAUACGAAUUGCUGCAGAAGAAGACGAAAUAAAGAAACAAUACUGGAAUAUCAUAAAAAGGAAAUAUAUUAACGAUGAACAACUGCUAAGCGACCCGAAAUUGAAGAGGAAAUUACUAAUUAUUAGAGAGAGGGGGACGAAUGUACAUACACCCGAAAGCAAACAAAGAGAGGAAAUAGAUGCCAUGCAACGCGUUUGGAGUCGAGUUACAGUAUGUGCAUAUAAUGCAACAAACUGCAAUAAAGAAGAAUCAGUACGGACAAUGAGUGAUGUUAUUUCAGUCUUCAAAAUAAGUAAUGAUACCAAUGAGUUAGCGUAUUAUUGGAAAGCUUACCGAGAUGCAACUGGAAAGCAGAUAAGACCAAUUUUUAAAGAUUACGUUUCGAGAAUGAAUAGUGUAGCGCAAUCCGAGAAUUUUACUGAUGCUGGUGAAAUGUGGCGGUAUACAUUCGAAGACGAUGACUUUUAUAAAACUGUUUCUAGACUUUGGUGUGAAAUAAAGCCUUUAUAUGAUACUCUGCAUACUUAUGUCAGAGCGAAAUUGAAGACAUUUUUUAAAGAUGUGUUGGUCGAUAAAGACAAAAUGAUUCCAGCACAUAUUCUGGGCAAUUUGUGGGCUCAAGAAUGGCAAGCCAUCUACAAUAAAGUUGCUGCGUAUCCUAAUGUUCUCAGGCCUAUGCUAAAAAACAACGAAAGUUUUCAAGUGAGGGACCUUUUUGAUGCUGUCGAUAAGUUCCACCAAUCACUUGGUUUUGCGAGUUCAAAAGAGACUUAUCAAGAUUUAAGGGAAACUAUGACAUCUGCUAACUGUUUGCCUUCUAGCCACGAUAUGUGCGAUGGAGUAAAUUACAAGAUAAAGUGGUGUGGAGAAAAUGUGAAUGACAUAACGAUGGGGCUAUCGCGCGCUGCUAGGCUGUUAGGUCACGUACAAUACUUUAAACACUAUCGCGAACUGCAGCCACUGUACCGUGACGGACCUAAUCCAGCGUUCCACGAUGCAAUCUCCGACAUCGUCGCGGUACAGCUGACCUCGCCAACUCACUUACAAACCUUGAACUUCGUGGAAGUCGAUAAUGGCCCUGAAGCUGACAUCAACCAUUUGCUUUGGCUCGCAUUGGAGAAACUUCCACUUGUUGCCUACGCUUAUAUCCUCGAUAAAUGGAGAUGGGAUAUUUUUGCAAAUUCCAGUUUAGAGAAUUGGAAUGAAUAUUGGUGGGAACUAAGAACAAAGGAGACUGGAAUAUCACCACCGAUGUCUCGAAAUGAAAGUGAUUUGGACCCGGCGGCAAAGUACCAUGUCGUAUCGCAUGUACAGUAUAUAACAUAUCUAGUGUCGAACGUGUUGGAAUUCCAAAUUUUGUCGUCACUAUGCAAAAGAGCAAACCACACGGGACCUUUGCACGAUUGCUCUAUACACGGUGUGCAGGAAGCGGGAAAACUGCUCAGUGAUGGAAUGGCUCUCGGUGCCAGCGAAGGUUGGAGGAGCGUUCUUUACACAAUGACUGGAGAAUCAGAAUUAUCUACGAAAGGAAUAUUAGAAUAUUUUGCACCCCUCGAGAAAUUUCUACGGGACGAAAACGUAAGGUUGGCAAGGAUAAACGAAGAUAUGGAUAAAAGUGCGCCUAUAAUUGUAGGGAUUAUUAUGAUUGUAUUAAUUUUAUUAAUGAUAAUACUUUACUGUGUUAAGAAGAGGAAUGUUUGCAAUAGAUUUCUUUCUCUAUGUGGACUCGCUAAAAACGGUUCCUUAGACAUCGCCACAAAUGAAAUGACACAAAGCAAAUCGAGUGAAGUCGUAGGAGUUAAUGAAGAGAAGGUUUGAUGCAUGCGAGACUUGAAAUAUUAUAUUGUGAAUAGUUUUAGUUAAAUUAAAAUUAUCAUUUUAUUUUAGGUUAUUUUAAAUGUGCCACUGAUUUGUAUGUAUAUUGUUAAGUAAUAUUGUUGUGUUCUGUUACUACUUGGAUGUUUAUAAAUUAUUUCGUAACAUAUUUG